AAGAGUUUCCAUAUGCUAUAUGAGGAGCAUCAGAGAGAAGAAAGACGGAUACGGGAUACCCUGUUAUAACAAAGGUCCCUGACAGACUGGAUGAGAUGAGAUCCUCAUGUAGUGAUUGCCAUGGAAACCUGUGAUUCUCCCUCUCUCUCAAGACAGGAAAAUGGGCCUAAGAUAUCAAAGUUACGUGAGACGACACAUCUUGAUAAUGAGGUGCCCGAGAAAGUCCCUGGGAUGGAGCUUGACAAGGAAAACAACCCGACGAACGACAACUUGAGGACGGCCGAGGAGAGUCUGAGAGAGGUCGCGUUUGGACUGAGCACGGCGGAGAAUGCGGCCGUCGCCCCGGUCGCUUCAGCUAAAGAGAUCCCUUGCAACGAAUGUGCCACUUCUUUCUCAAGUUUACAAAAAUACAUGGAGCACCACUGCCCGAGCGCCCGCCUGCCUCCUCCCAAGGACGAGAACGAGAGCGAGGCCAGCGACCUGGACGACAGUGACGUGGAGAACCUGACGGGAGAGAUCGUUUACCAGCCCGAUGGCUCCGCUUUUAUUCUCGAGGACUCCAAAGAAAGCAGCCAGAUAGCCCAGCCGGAGGCCAAGAGCCUCUUUUCCCCAGCACUGUACCCAAACUCUCAGACUGCUGCGGGGGACAAGACUGAGCAGUCUGCCGCUGCCCCAAUGUCCUUCUACCCACAGGUGAUCAAUACCUUUCACAUCGCUUCAUCCCUCGGGAAACCAUUUACGGCCGAUCAGGCUUUCCCAAAUACCUCAGCAUUUGCAGGAGUCGGUCCUGUGUUGCACAGUUUCCGUGUCUACGACCUCCGACACAAGAGUGAGAAAGACUAUCUAACCCUUGAUGGCGCUGCCAAAAACACCUGUGUGUCCAAAGAUGUCCCCAACAAUGUGGACUUGUCCAAAUUCGAUGGUUGCAUUAGCGAUGGGAAAAGGAAACCAAUUCUGAUGUGUUUCUUGUGCAAGUUGUCUUUUGGUUAUAGUAGGUCAUUUGUAACCCAUGCCGUGCAUGACCAUCGAAUGACCCUCAACGAGGAGGAGCAGAAGCUCCUUAGUAAUAAGUAUGUCUCUGCCAUCAUACAGGGGAUAGGCAAAGACAAAGAACCUCUUAUAAGCUUUCUGGAACCAAAAAAAUCCAAUUCUGUGUUACCCCAUUUUUCUACUGCAAACUUCAUGGGUCCUGACCCUGGCUUUCGUGGUCUGUGGAAUGCUUUUCAUGUUGAAAAUGGUGAUUCUUUGCAGGCUGGUUUUGCCUUCCUGAAGGGGAGCGCGAGUUCUGCUGUGUCGUCGGCAAACCAGUCGCCAAGGAACGCCCAGAUGCCAAAGGCUGAGAUGAACCUGGGGGGAGCGUCGGCUGCGGCAGUGAAGGCCAGCUCCGCGUCCGUCCAGCGCUCGUCACCACGCAGUGGAGCCGGGGAUCAGGAGAGCAACUGUGAACGGCAGAAGGACCUUAGCACUUUGCAUUCGAACGGGGAGUUCCCCAUCAAGAGCGAGCCCGGCGAGUCCGGCGAUGCCGAGGACGACGAAGACGCGUACUCGAACGAGCUCGAGGACAACGGCACGGGCCAGCUAGCGGAUAGUACCAGUAGCAAAGAUUUCCCUCUCUUAAACCAAAGCAUUUCUCCUUUACUGUCCAGUGUGCUAAAAUAUACUGAAAGAGGUACUUCUCCGUCCUCCGCGACUGUUUCCGACGAGCUUGAGAAGACGAAAUCGACUGCUGUCACGAGGGACAGCAACAACGACUCUUCCGCCAACGGCAGCGGAAAAGAGUUUGCCGACUCCUUGGGGGCAAGGGACGGAGGCACGCCGCCCUCGCACCCUAACGACCUGGGUCACCGAGACGACGAGAGCCCGGGCCCCAUGCGCCAGCAAGCAGCUACUCCCACGAGCACGCCCGGCACCCCGGGCCUCGGGGAGGGCUCCCCGGGCAGCGGCGGCAGUGGGGGCAGCGGCAUCGAGUGUCCGAAGUGCGACACCGUCCUGGGUUCGUCGCGCUCGCUCGGCGGCCACAUGACCAUGAUGCACUCGAGGAACUCCUGCAAGACCCUCAAGUGCCCCAAGUGCAACUGGCACUACAAGUACCAGCAGACGCUGGACGCCCACAUGAAGGAGAAGCACCCGGAGUCGGGCAGCUCGUGCGCCUACUGCCGCUCGGGCCAGGCCCACCCGCGGCUGGCGCGGGGCGAGAGCUACACGUGCGGCUACAAGCCCUUCCGCUGCGAGGUGUGCAACUACUCCACCACCACCAAAGGCAACCUCAGCAUCCACAUGCAGUCCGACAAGCACCUGAACAACGUGCAGACGCUGCAGAACGGCGGCGUGGAGCCCGUGUUCAACCACGCGGCGCCCGUCGUGCCCAGCAGCGCCAGCCUGGCGGCGGCCUGCCAGGCCAGCGCGCCCUCGCCCUCCAAACCCAAGCAGAAGCCCACGUGGCGCUGCGAGGUGUGCGACUACGAGACCAACGUGGCACGCAACCUGCGCAUCCACAUGACCAGUGAGAAGCACAUGCACAACAUGAUGCUGCUGCAGCAGAACAUGAAGCAGAUCCAGCACAACCUGCACCUGGGCCUGGCGCCGGCCGAGGCCGAGCUCUACCAGUACUACCUGGCGCAGAACAUCGGGCUGACCGGCAUGAAGCUGGAGAACGCCGCGUCCGAGCAGCAGCAGAUGAUGAUGAGCCCCUUCCAGCUUGACCCCGCCACGGCCGCUGCUCUCGGGCCCAACCUCGUAAAUAACGAGGUGCCGGUGGAGUUCCGUCUGGCGAGCGGUCAGCUAAUGGGUGACGACCUGUCGGUGCUGUCGGGCGGCGAGCUGUCGUCCUGCAUCAGCGACCCGCAGCUGAAGCUCUUCCAGUGCGCCGUGUGCAACCGCUUCACCUCGGACAGCCUGGAGGCCCUGAGCGUGCACGUGAGCGCCGAGCGCGCCCUCCCCGAGGAGGAGUGGCGCGCGCUCAUCGGCGACGUCUACCAGUGCAAGCUCUGCAACUACAACACGCAGCUCAAGGCCAACUUCCAGCUGCACUGCAAGACGGACAAGCACAUGCAGAAGUACCAGCUGGUCGCCCACAUCAAGGAGGGCGGCAAGGCCAACCAGUGGAGGCUAAAGUGCAUCGCCAUCGGCAACCCCGUGCACCUGAAGUGCAACGCCUGCGACUACUACAGCAACAGCGUGGAGAAGCUGCGGCUUCACACCACCAACCAGCGGCACGAGGCGGCUCUCAAACUCUACAAGCACUUGCAAAAACAAGAGAGCGCGUGUAGCUCGGAGUCCUGCCUGUACUACUGUGCCCUGUGCGACUACUCCACAAAAGCCAAGCUCAACCUGGUGCAGCACGCCCGCUCGGUCAAGCACCAGCAGGGCGAGGGUCUGCGCAAGCUGCAGCUGCACCAACAGGGCCUGCCGCCAGACGAGGACAGCCUGGCCGACCUCUUCUUCGUCAAGGACUGCCCGCCCACCUCCGAGCCUGAGGAACCAGGUGACGACUCCGAGGAGCCUCCGCGGGCAGCCUCUGCGGCCUCGGCCGAGGACAGAGACCUGGGCGCCGGCAGGGGAGGCAGCGGGACGGAGAAGGAUCCCAGUGUGAUUUCUUUGGCUAAAGAGACUCUUGGCUCAACCUCCAUCGGGAAGCAUUCUCUUCUCCAGGAGAAAGAAAAUGCCACGCCACCCAAGAGGCCCAAGUCGGCUGAGGAGAAGACACACACCAAUGAGCAGGUGCAGCAGUGUCCCUACUGCAACUACAGCAGCAAGGACGCCAACCGUCUACAGCUGCACAUCAUGUCCCAGCAUUCCAUGCAGCCAGCGAUCUGCUGCCCCCUCUGCCAGGAUGUGCUUAGCAACAAGAUCCACCUGCAGCUCCACCUGACCCACCUUCACAGCGUGGCCCCAGACUGUGUGGAGAAGCUGCUCAUGACCGUGGCUGGGCCAGAUACGCCCAAUAGUAUGGGGUUGCCUGGAGCAGACAAAGUCCCAUCUUUGAUGGAGUCUGUUAUGCCAGAAGGGUCUGGAAAGUCCAUAGGUAACAAUGCAAAGGAUAUCAAGAAUAGCAACUCACAAGAGAAAAGUGAGCGAGAUCUUAUUAAUGAACUCAAGCCCCCUAAAGAGGCCUCAGAAGCCCCUGACUGGAAGAAAGCUAGCGGGCAAGACUUGAAGAUCCCAGAUACCCUCCAGGAUCUCAGCGACUUGCAGAAACGUCAGCAGCUCUCGGUCUCCGACCGCCACGUGUACAAGUACCGCUGCAACCACUGCAGCCUGGCGUUCAAGACCAUGCAGAAGCUGCAGAUUCACUCGCAGUACCACGCCAUCAGGGCAGCCACAAUGUGCAGUCUUUGCCAGCGCAGCUUCCGCACCUUCAUGGCCCUAAGGAAGCACCUGGAGACCGGACACCCAGAACUGAGUGAGGCCGAGGUGCAACAGCUCUGUGGCAGCCUUCCCAUCAAUGGAGACAUCACUGAGAGUGAAGCCAGGGCUCUGGAGGAAGGCCAGAUGUUUGACCAAGACAUGGACAAAGACGAUGAGCUGGACCAGGAAGGGAAAGCCAGCCCAACUGGAAGCGACAGCAGCUCUCUGCUUGAUGACAUGGGCUCGGAACCAAAGCGCACGCUGCCUUUCCGGAAAGGUCCGAAUUUCACCAUGGAGAAGUUCCUGGAUCCCUCCCGUCCAUACAAGUGCACGGUGUGCAAGGAGUCUUUCACCCAAAAGAACAUUCUUCUGGUACACUACAACUCUGUCUCGCACUUGCACAAGCUCAAGAAAGUUCUUCAAGAAGCUUCGAGCCCCAUCCCCCAGGAGACCAGCAACAAUGUUGACAACAAACCCUUCAAGUGUAACAUCUGUAACGUCGCCUACAGCCAGAGCUCAACUCUAGAGAUUCACAUGAGGUCUGUGCUUCACCAGUCAAAAGCCAGAACUGCCAAAAUGGAGAGCAGCAGCGGUGGAAACACCAGCAGCAGCAUGGGAAGUGGCCCCAGUGGAUCUGUGCCUGCCAACAGCCCUGUUCCAGUCAGCCAGGCCAACUCAGACUCCUCCAGCCACCCAGCAUCCAGUAGUAACAAAGACAACACUGCGGACACGAAAGAAGCAGUCAACCUGAAGCAAACUACUGACCACAUGCAGGCCAGCCACCAGCAGGCUCAGUCCUCAGCUCAGCUCCAGAUGCAGCUGCAGCAUGAGCUUCAGCAGCAGGCUGCCUUCUUCCAGCCGCAGUUCCUGAAUCCGGCCUUCUUCCCCCAUUUCCCCAUGACUCCCGAGGCUCUGCUGCAGUUCCAGCAGCCCCAGUUCCUGUUCCCCUUCUACAUCCCUGGUGCCGAGUUCAACCUCAGCCCUGAACUUGCGCUCCACUCGGCUGCAGCUUUCGGGAUGCCAGGCAUGACGGGGCCGUUCCUGGAGGACCUGAAGCAGCAGAUGCAGCAGCAGCACCAGCUUGGCCAGCAGCUUCAGCUGUCCCAGCAGCAGGCCCAACAGCAGCAGCAGCAGCAGCAACAUCAGCAGCAGCAGCAGCAGUCCUCUCAGUCCCAGCUUCAGCAGCAACAACAGCAGCAGAAAGCUCAUCAGCAGCACAGCCACAGGUCGAAGAUGGAGUCUGUCAGCCUGUCCAACUCUGAAAUGCAGAUGUCCAAAGAGGCUGAAGAGCAUCUUGAAAAACAUGAAAAUAAAGCCAAACAAGAGAGCAUGAAUGAUGUGGAUGGCACAAAGGAAAACAGCAAAGAUCCCAAAAAGCCCAAAUUUUCAGAGCCACUUAUCCCCCCACCUCGAAUCGUAUCAGGUGCAAGGGGCAACGCUGCCAAAGCCCUUCUGGAGAACUUUGGGUUUGAGCUGGUUAUUCAGUACAAUGAGAACAGGCAAAAGAGCCAGAAGAAAAAUAAAGUUGGAGAAGAAGAGGUCAUCAGUGAUAAGCUGGAAUGUGGGGCAUGCGGGAAGUUGUUCUCUAACAUGUUGAUUCUCAAGAGUCACCAGGAGCACGUCCAUGGUCAGUUCUUUCCCUACCUAGAGCUGGAGAAGUUCGCCCAGCAGUACAGAGAAGCUUAUGAUAAGCUCUACCCAAUUAACCCAUCCUCUCCAGAGCCACCUCCUCCUCCACCUCCUCCUCCACCACCUCCACCACCUGCUCCAGUCACCUCCCUGCCAGCACCCAGCAGUUCAGGAGUGAAGACACAGACUCCAUCCCCAGCUCCUCUGCAGGCUCCUCAGCCUCCUCCACCCCCGCCGCCACCUCCUCCACGACCUCCAAGUGCGCCUCCUCCAGUCCAGAUGCCCGUCUCCCUGGAUUUGCCCAUGUUUUCCCCACUGAUGAUGCAGUCUGUACAGCACCCUGGGCUGCCGCCACAGCUUGCACUACAGCUGCCUGGCAUUGACUCUCUUUCCUCCAACCUCACACAGCUGUGCCAAACACAGCUGGGAUUGGAUCCAAACUUCCUGCACCAGUCGCAGUUCAAGCGACCACGCACCCGCAUUACUGACGAUCAGCUGAAGAUCCUGCGGGCCCACUUUGACAUCAACAACUCUCCCAAUGAGGAGCAGAUACAGGAGAUGGCUGAGAAGUCCGGUCUCCCCCAGAAGGUCAUCAAGCACUGGUUCCGCAACACCCUUUUCAAAGAGAGGCAGCGAAGCAAGGACUCCCCCUACAACUUCAACAUUCCACCCAUGACCACCUUGGAGGACCUCAGACUUGAGUCUCAGAUGAACACAUUGGAGUACUACAGGUCUGACGCCACCCUAAACAAGAGGUCAUCCAGAACUCGCUUCACUGACUACCAGCUGAGGGUCCUGCAAGACUUUUUUGAUACCAAUGCCUACCCUAAAGAUGAUGAGAUUGAACAGCUCUCCACUGUGCUCAACCUACCAACACGUGUGAUUGUUGUUUGGUUCCAGAAUGCCCGUCAAAAGGCUCGUAAGAGCUACGAGAACCAGGCUGAUACGAAAGACAGUGAGAAGAAAGAACUGACCAAUGAGCGUUACAUCAGAACCAGCAACAUGCAGUACCAGUGCAAGAAAUGCAGCAUUGUUUUCCCCCGCAUCUUUGACCUGAUCACACACCAGAAGAAGCUGUGCUACAAAGAUGAAGAUGAGGAUGGUGGCGAUGAUAACCACUCCGAGGACUACAUGGAUAACAGCGACGGGGGCUCAUCAAAGCAGACUGAGUCCCACAGACAUCCCCAAGGGACAGCCACAAGUUCUGGGUCCAGCUCUCCACUAAUGCCCUCACCGCGACCUGACGUGGAGAAGUCCUCGCCAAAACCUGAACCGACCAUUGAGAAACCAAAGCUGGCCGAGACUCUCCCUUCACAAGCGGCAAAGGCACUAGCCGACCCAAGACCCUCCAAAGCCUCGACUCCUCAGCCUCCACCACACAAGUCCCAUCAGCCCCCUAUUGCAAGGCCCCACUCACAACCACAGUCAGCGGCUGUCCCAUCCAGCCCCCUGUCCAUGACCCUGCCCUCUCUGGCGAGCAGCCUACCUCCUCAGAUGUUACAGUACCAGUGUGACCAGUGCAAAAUUGCAUUCCCUUCAGUUGAGCUAUGGCAGGAGCACCAACACAUGCACUUCCUUGCAGCUCAAAACCAAUUCCUGCACUCACAGUUCCUUGAAAGGCCACUGGACAUGCCCUAUAUGAUCUUUGAUCCAAAUAAUCCUCUGAUGACUAGCCAGUUGCUCUCAGGGGCUCUGUCUCAGUUGCCCUCCCAAAGUUCUGCUUUAGCCUCCAUGCCUGGCUCUGGUCCCCUGAAACGCAAACUAGAUGAUAAAGAGGAUAGUUCCAAUGACAAAGAUAGCGGGAAUAGUGGUGAAGAUCAACACAGAGACAAACGUCUCAGAACCACUAUCACCCCAGAGCAAUUAGAGAUACUCUACGAGAAGUACUUGCUAGAUUCAAACCCAACACGGAAGAUGUUGGACCACAUAGCCCAUGAAGUGGGCCUGAAAAAAAGAGUGGUGCAGGUCUGGUUUCAAAACACGAGAGCAAGAGAGCGAAAAGGACAGUUCAGAGCGGUCGGCCCAACCCAAGCCCACAAGAAAUGUCCUUUUUGCAGAGCACUCUUCAAGGCCAAGUCGGCUCUUGACAGUCACAUACGCUCACGCCACUGGCAUGAGGCUAAACAGGCGGGCUUUAGUCUGCCCCCUAGCCCUAUGAUGUCUCAAGAAGAUGGAGCCGAGAGCCCUAACAAGUGCAGUUUUUUUGAAUACCCGCAGCUGCCCACAAAGACCGAGGUGAACGACUAUGAAAUGCCAACUGCAUCCUCCACCCCAGUCAAACCAUCUGAGUCACUACAAAAAAACUUUUUGAGCCCUUCAUCCUUUAAAGCAGAAAACAGUGAUGAAUUUGAAGGGCUCAAUUUAAAUUCUGCCGAAGUCUACAGUGAGACCAACAAAACUGACUUUGAUGAGACUUCAUCCAUCAACACAGCCAUAAGCGACGCCACAACUGGAGAUGAGACAAACAAUGAAGUAGAGAAUCUCACAGCGAAUGGGGGUGAAAAGAUGAGUGAUUCUAAACUGAUGAUGUCAUCCAACCCUGAUGCUUAUGAAGACAGGUUCCCAUUCAGCAUGGUGAGCCCUGCCUUGAGUUUCUCCAAGGACAGUGAGUACUACUUCAGCACGAGAGAGGAUGACCUAGAUGAUAACGCUGACAGGAGUGAAUCCUCAAGCUUAACUGAUCCAAGCUCGCCCAGUCCCUUUGGAAGUACUAAUCCUUUCAAGAGCUCCAAAGGUAGUGGAGACAGACCGGGCCACAAGCGGUUCAGAACCCAGAUGAGCAACCUGCAGCUGAAGGUCCUAAAGGCUUGUUUCAGUGACUACCGCACACCCACGAUGCAGGAGUGCGAGAUGCUGGGCAACGAGAUAGGACUCCCAAAGCGCGUUGUACAAGUCUGGUUCCAGAAUGCCAGAGCAAAAGAAAAGAAAUUCAAAAUAAACAUUGGAAAGCCAUUCAUGAUGAGUCAGAGUUCCCCUGAUGGACCUAAACCAGAGUGUACUCUGUGCGGUGUGAAGUACACUGCAAGACUUUCCAUUCGUGACCACAUCUUUUCUAAGCAGCACAUUGCGAAAGUGCAAGAAACCCUAGGCAACCAAGUGGACAGAGAAAAGGACUACCUAGCACCGACCACUGUUCGCCAGCUCAUGGCGCAACAAGAACUUGACCGUUUGAAGAAGGCAAGCGACGUCCUCAGUAUGCCAGCUCAGCAGUCUGCAGUGGACAGCAACACGCUCCAUGGCCUUAGCCUGCCCACAGGCUAUCCAGGAGUGUCCGGCCUGCCGCCAGUGCUCCUUCCUGGUGUCAAUGGCCCGUCAUCCCUUCCAGGUUUUCCACCAAAUACACCUGCUUUAGCGUCUCCUGGUGCUGGCAUGCUUGGGUUCCCUACUCCAGCCACCCCCUCUCCUGCCAUGUCACUCAGCAGUGCCCCAUCCAAGAACCUUCUGCAGACUCCUCCACCUCCUCCUCCUCCUCCUCCACCUCCUCCUCCUCCUCCUCCUUCUGUUCCUCCCACUCCUUUGACAGUCAGUCAGACUGAGCAGCAGCAGCAGCAGCAGCAGCAGCACAACAAAGAUAUCGAGAAAGACAAGAAGUUGGAAAAGCAGAUGAAGGUCAAGGAAAGACAAGGUGACUCUGUCGCCGCCCAUGCCGCUGCCGGCUCCCAGGCCCCAAGUGUGAGGAAAAGAGAAAAGCCCCCCCAGACAGCGCUUAAGGGAAAAGUCGGAGGCGAGGUGUCAAUGGACCCAGCACAACUGCAAGCACUUCAGAAUGCCAUCGCUAGUGAUCCGAGCUCCUUCCUGGGGGGACAAUUCUUGCCUUACUUCAUCCCUGGCUUUGCAUCCUGCUUCUCACCACAGCUUCCCGGCGGAGUACAAGGUGGAUACUUUCCUCCACUGUGCGGAAUGGAGAACCUUUUCCCUUAUGGACCGGCCAUGCCCCAGACCAUCGCUGGCCUCUCCCCAACUGCCAUACUCCAGCAGUACCAACAGUAUCAGCAAACCCUCCAGGAUUCCUUGCAGAAGCAGCAGCAGCAGCAACAACAACAACAACAACAACAACAACAACAACAACAUCAUCAUCAUCAACAACAACAACAACAACAACAGCAGCAGCAGCAGCAGCGGAAAACACCCCCCAUGAAGUCACAGAGUGCACAGAGCAACUUCAAACCAAAAGAGGCUAAGGAAACUAAGGAUGAUAACAAAGGCUCUUCAACUGAAAGCACAAAAGCAGAACCACAAACCGAUACCAAAAGUUCAGACUUUCCAGAUCCUUUUAUUGUUCCGUCCAUCAAACACGAGUUUAUAUGCAGAAAGUGCCAGAUGAUUUUCGCUGAUGAAGACUCCGCUGUCCGCCAUCAGAAGUCCUUCUGUUACUUCGGUCAUCCUUUUUCUGACCCGCAAGAGACAGUGCUUCGUAAGGCAGUGAGCAAGUACAGUUGUGUAGCCUGCGACGUGGCUGUGAGUGGAAAUGAAGCACUUGGCCAACACCUUCAGUCGAGCUUGCACAAAGAGAAAACAAUCAAACAAGCAAUGAGAAAUGCCAAAGAGCAUGCUAGAUUAUUACCUCACUCUGUCUGCUCCCCUAACCCUAACACGACAUCUACCUCGCAGUCUGCAGCUUCUUCUAAUAACACCUUCCCUCAUCUCUCUCGCUUGUCCAUGAAGUCCUGGCCAAAUAUCCUUUUCCAGGCUUCAGCCAGGAAAGCUGCUUCUUCUACUUCCCCAUCUGCUUCUCCCCCCCCCCUUUCCUUGCCUUCAACGGUUACCUCAACUUCCUGCACCACCUCAGGGGCUCGGACCUCACUACCCACCGAGAGUUGUUCAGACGAGUCUGACAGCGAGUUAAGCCAGAAGUUGGACGACUUAGAUAACUCGUUGGAAGUCAAGGCAAAAGCCGCCUCUGGCCUUGAUGGCAAUUUCAGUAGUAUGAGAAUGGAUAUGUUCAGUGUGUAGGAGUGAAAACAGGAUCCCUUGCUUAAAGAAAAAAAAAUAAGACUUUAAACUGCAGUUCCAAAGUUUCUCUAACCCAAAAAAUUACAGUACCAAAAGAUUGACUCAGGAUUGUUUUUCCCAUAUUGAUAUGCUGGCAAGAUAUUGAUUGAUUUUUGUUAUGGACAGAACUGUUGCAGAUGCUUGACUGAGCUUUUAUUGUAUACAAAAAUACAUGGAGUAGGAGAAAAUCUCACAAGUUCUUUUGGAGCUUGUUUCAAGCCAAAAACUCUCACGAUAGCAAAUUGCACCUCAGCUGGAUUGAUUUCCAAAUGCUAGCAUGUACUGUAUGGGAUGAUGAUCCAGAACUUUCCAAGAGAAUUUCUCUUAGUUUAGUUAGGUGUAAUCUGUAGCUUUAAAUUCUCAGGUCAGAUCAUAACAUGUCUCAUUUGUUAAAGCAGCAAGAAGCCUGGUGACACGUGGCUUUUAACCAAAACAUGUCAAGCUUUAUUGGACGCAUUUUCUUGAUGUGUGUAGUGUACCAUACCAACAGACAAUAUUACUGUUACAGGACAAAACACGUAUUCUUUUAGUUUGCCCUACAAAACAGUAUGGUUUUACCACUGAGGGAGUUUAGAAUGGUGAAGUGAUGUGCCCCUGUGUUUUCCAGUUUGUAAUUACCACAAACUGUAUUUUUACCCAACCUUCUUUGAUUUCUUGUAGAUUAUACUAUUCUGUGCCAACUCUUACCUUCUCACUUUUACCUCUGCUCAUGCCCUUUUCUGAAGAGGUAAUAAUUCUAGUUUUGAUAGACUCUUGAGGAUUAUGUGAAUAAGACAUUUUUUCAUUUGUGAAUUGCUAUACUGUUACGGUACUUGCUUGUGUCUGGACUCUAGUGCACUUAUUUUAAUUUUGUUUGAUUUUUUAUUAUUAUUUUGGUAGGUCAUGUGUUAAUUUAAUAGACAUUUGGUUUUGUUUGUUUAAUUGUUUGUUUGUUUGUUUGUCCGUUCAUUUGUUUGUUUGAAUUAUUAUUUGUGUGUAGUGCAGCAGCAUAAUGGUCAACAUUUGUUAGACGUUUUAACAACCUAACAAUCCAGAGACCUGUUUAAACAAUUGGUGCAUUCAUGAAAGUAGUACUGUAUACUUGAACCUGUUAAAAUACAAGUUGGACAAAAUAUAAAAAAGGUAUGAGUAUUUGCUUCAUGUAAGCAAAUAAGCUGCUUUAAAAAAAGGGGGACUAAAGCAUUUUGUUUUGUAUAAUGAAAAGAUUUUCCCUGUGCUUAUAGGACUGAAUACAGUGUUAACCCUGUACACUGCCAUUUAAUGAAUAGAUAAUUGUACUUCCAUUACUGCUCUGGGCACUUCAGUUUUCCUGUUGUCAUGAGAAUUGAACUUUUCUGUUUGCCAUCAUAUUUAGUCAUAUAUGCAUUACGAAGUAUUAUCUUAUAACAACGUUUUGCUGCUACAGUGUAAUGUUAUUUUGCUUGCCAUAAAUUCUCAACCUUCUACCAGACAGAAUACUGAUUCAUGAAUUGCUUUGCUUUGCUGGUUUUUCUGGUUUGUUUUAUUUUUUUUAUUUUUUAUUUUUUUGCUGUGGAACUCAAAGAAUGUGAAAGCUGUCAAGGGUGUUCAAUUUUUACGAAUCACUUUCUUGUUUGGUAACAUAGGACAAUGUGAUUCAUUCCAAAGCGACAGAAGGCUAUUUGUAUGAAAGUAAAUGGCUUGUGAACAAAGAAAGCUAAGCUGUUGUACAUAUUCGUAGUUGGCUGUGCAUGGUACAAAUUUAUUAAUAUGAAGAAAUGCAAAAUGUAUUGCUUUUGGUAUUCCUAUUCUGAGAUGAACAAGUAGCAUGUAAUGCAGCUGUAUGACAGGUUAAAUCAAAUCAUGCUUAAAAUUGUUUCAAAUGAUGAAAUCAAGUAACAUUUCAUUUUACUUUUUAUUAUUGUACAGGUGUUUUCUUUUUGUUAAAGUUUAAACACAAAUGUCACAGUUUAUAAUUCUCUUUUAUGUGAACUUUUUAAUGUACUUAUUUGGGAUUUUUAGUAUUUUAACCUUUUAUUUUAAUCCUGAAGACACUUUUUGAUUGUGUUUCAUAAGAGACAUCCUGGCCUCCUAAGGUGCAAUCCUUGCCUGUGUACAAACACGAGUGACUGUCCUGAUUCCAAAGGCUUUUAGAAACCCCGGCUUUUGCCUUUCUCCUGUCUGUGGAUCAGCAGCGCAAGACUGAGCUGUCAGCUAGCACCUCACGCAAACGGUGUUAGCCCAAAGCGGAAUACUUACCACACAGGGGUCUGGUAAAGCAACCCAACAGACACACCUAAAAGAAACAAAGAAAAGGAUGGUCCAAUAAUAUAACUGUACAUAAAUGUUGCAACUGCACAGCAGCCAAAAAAAGAAACCUUUUUACGGAUGGAUAGUGUCAAGCAAAAGAGGACAGCCUUCUAAAGGUUGAAAUUUUAGGAUUGUUCUUCUGGAUAUCAAAGGGAUUAUCACGGCGCAAUCAUAUUCUUCACAAUAUGUACUCUUAACGCCUGGGUAAGAUAGCAACCACAACCUGAGGUUUUAUUCAAAAAAGAAGCCCCUAUGGCUAAAACUUUAAAUAAACUAAACCAAAAAUGUUAUUGAUGUUUUAUAUAUAGAGGGUAGUCUCAUUAGUUUUUGUUACUGUAAUGUUUGAGGUCUCAGCUGUACCGUAUUACGGUAAUAACAUGGUUUUGAAACUUUUUUUUUAUUUUGUCACAGACCUGUUGUCAUAGUUGAAAUGACGUUUAUUGUAGAUGGUAUUUGAACAACUUCUUCUGGAAAUAGUUCAUCAAGUAUGUUUGUUGCUCAUUGUUGUGAUACAUUAAAAACUGUAUCUGCGAACCAA